GUACAAGUCAAUCAGAGAAUUGUUCGGGACUGUGUACACGCUCGGCUGAAUCUAUUGAAGAUUAUUGUGCUGAACAAAUUUACUCCGUGUGCUCGGCACCGAAUUCAACCAGUGCAUGCCAUUCGAAAGUAUACACCAGAAAACUUAUUCCAGGGAUUUUUCAUGGCCAACAUAUAAAACACUUCGACCAGGAAGAGAACCGUGAUUAGAAAGCCCCGCCCUCCUGCACCACGUACGCGUCCCGUACAGCAGGUGCCGAAAGUGGGAAGUGGCGCGCAUGUGUGUACAACUUGCCCAGUCCGGUCUUCCCGUAUUCGCCGGCGCGCUUUCCGGCCGGUGCAAUUACGGCCGGCUGCCAAUCAUGCUUAUUGGCAUGGCAUUCGCAUAAAUGAUCGCGUGAGAAACGUCGACCGCGGGACGAAGUACCGGCAUCAGUCUUGUCUAUCAGGAUUUGCACAACAUAAUUGGGAAUAAUCUGGCUCGUGCACAUCAUUAAUUUUAAGUCGGCAUAGACACAUAUCCUGGACAUUAUCUGUCGGAAGGCGUGUAUGUAUGUGUGCGGCCCCAUCUCUUACUGGAAAUCCGCUGCGUAUAUAGCGUGCCGGUGCAUCGGCACAUGUUGCGGCAUUUUGCUGUGUUGUUGUGUGUGGAUGUAAUAGCUACUCACAAAUCCCUUACGUGUGUUUUCGGUUUAGCCGUACAUCUGUACAAGCUAUACAGGGAUCAGGCUUAGCUGUUGAUCACAUGCAUAGUCUGACAGCUGGGAGAAAGGGGGAAAAGUGGCCGACCGGAGCACUCAGCCGGUGUUUUAAGUGUUGCACUUUUUGUCCACGCCGAUUGUAUUCCCGGAAGUAAUUCUCCCGGCCACUCCGUGCCGGCUGUGUAUAGGACUUUAUACACUGCGAGUCUGCGCGGGUGCUAACCCGAUUUCCGCUUUUUUUUGUCAUACGACGCAGCAUGAGUGCAAAUCAUUGGGUUUCACCGACCGAAAUGAUCUUUUAUGUAAUCCCUGCUUAAAUAUAUACUUCGUGUUAGUCGACAUCUGAUACCGACUCCGGGAUCAGUGGUUGGCAGUGGGGACCAGGCCUGUUAUUACCCAUAUAUAUUAGUCCUUAUCAUCCCCGGCGAAUGAAGAAGCACCAUCCCAACGUAAUGCCGAGCGGUGCGUCUUCGUCUUAUUCCGUGGAAUCCUCCAUUUCCUCCAUAUCCGAAUCAUGCAGCUCCGUAACCAGCUGUCCUAGUAUUAGCACUAAUAAGGGCAAUAUGAACCUCGUUUCCUCCAUGAAGGCAUCCCUGUCUCCUCGAAAAAAGGGUGCACCGCCUGCCCUUAAUAUUCCCACAAUAAAGGAGACACAUGAUGCUUCCGCACUGCAUAAGAACAAAGCCACGGUGGCAUUGAAAAUUCCCAUUGGUGCCAGCUUAUCCGAUCCCAGCCGGAGAUUGUCCUUCCGUUUGGGCUCCGACGCCGAGGAGAGCAAUAAUAGCUCCAGUCAGCGGACAACGCCGAGUUUUUCCACGGGAAAUUCGGUUUUUGAUUUUGAAUACAGUUUCGCCCAGAGUGACAGUUCCUGUACCACUCCCUCGCCUAAAGUAUUGUCGGGCGCCAAUUCGGGCAUGACUCCUGGAGCAGUCUUUCUUGCUAUCCCGAGGGAUCCUUUUCAAGUAACAUUUGGACCGAUUACUAACAGUCAUAGUUCCGACAAACUAGCCAGCGGAAGCAUUCCCACGCCGCCCAUUUCCAGUACGGUUCCUGCCAAAACUCGCAUCCACAUUAGUCGCAGCUGCAGCAUGUUAACAAAAGGCGUAUUUGGCGGUGGAAAGGGCUUACGCUCUAAAGAGCGUUCACAGGAGAAAAUCCGUCGCUGUUCAUCGCAAACCGAGAAAGACGGGGAAUUAUCGAUAAAAAGUUCCGCCAAUCCCUCACGGAAAUCCUCGGACACGGAUGCCGCAUCAUCGGACAGCUCCAUAUUUGCACGCCUUAUGCAACGCUGGCACACCUAUCAGAACGGUAGCAGUGCCGGCUCGGUGCCGGCACACGCAUUGUUCCUUCGCUACAACCUCAACAAUAAGAAGAACACGAAGAAGUCGUCACGAUCGAACUCCGAAACCGAUGCUGUGGAAAAAACGGUUAAACAACGUCUCCGGCACUUGGUCAGGCGGAAUACCGAAUCAGUAUUAAAAGAGAAGCGCGUGCCUAAAAACGGAAGAAGCCCACGUCCUAGUCCGCGCUCGUCCAACGCCGCAUCGAAUCGUCCAACCGCCGAGGAAGCCAGAAGUUGGGCCGAAUCCUUUGAUAAUCUUCUUGCUAGCACAUAUGGACUUGCCCUUUUUCGAGCUUUCCUAAAGUUAGAAUACAACGAAGAAAAUCUGGCAUUCUACUUGGCAUGUGAGAAGUUUAAGCGUCUCGAUCCGUCUAGCCAUCGGAAAAUCCACUCCAAAGCACAAAAAAUCUACGAUGAAUUUAUCCGUGUGGAAGCCCCGCGGGAAGUGAACAUGGACUCCCUAACACGCGCCACAACAGUGACAAAUUUAGCUAAUCCUAAUCGACACUGCUUUGACCACGCGCAGCGGCGCAUUCGGCAUGUUCUGGAAAAGGACGUUUAUCCACGAUUUCUGCACUUUGAUCUAUAUACGCGACUGCUGCAGGAUACAUCAUCAGUUGCUGUCCCGAUUAACGUUAACUGCACUGUCAGCCAUUCAAAUGGCUCAAACACUACUGUCAAAUCGUGAUUACGAUCAAACGUGUCUUAAUUAUUUACGAUGCGAUGAAACACAUGUUUUGCUAGUUUUUGACGUUUCAUGUGAAAGCAAACUGUAUUAUAAUUCAGCGUAACAAUAAAUUAAAAGUAAAUGUGUCUCCAGUGAAACACUUCAAU